CACAAAAGAAUCUCAAUCAUUUAUUCAUACCAUAGGCCGCGACGAAAACUCCGAAAAAUGCUGCCUUGAGGCUUUACAUACACAAAUAAUCUCAUCCCAAAGAAAAAGAGAAGAAUGGAGCAAAACACGAGCAUUGUGGGAAUUCCGAAAUCCCAAAUCCAACUCACUGAUUCUUGAAUAUACACCAGAGUUGUAGAGGGGGAAAUUGAGAAUCUCUUCUUGUCAGAGGCGAGAUGUCAACACCACUAGGCUAUCACUCGCUGCUCAAAUUGUAUAAUACCGAUUGGAAUCCAUACCCAUCGGGUAACAUAACAAAUUUAAUAAUGUAGAGGAAUGCUUGGUAAAGCUCCAUCCCAACACCAAAUUUCAAAAUGCUGAUAGCCUCCACAACCAGCCUGCCGUCCGCCCACACUCUCUGUUCCUCCGCCAUUACCACCGCCACCAACAACCACAAUCAUGCCCAUCUUCUCUCUCUCCUCAACCACUGCUCUUCCAUGACAGAACUCAAGCAAAUACACGCCCAAAUUCUCCGCACAACACCAUCCCACCACCCCAAACACCUCCAUUUUCUUUACAGCAGACUCCUUCAUUUUACAUCUUCUUCUGACAUUCACUAUUCUCUUAAACUUUUCUCCCAUAUUCAACACCCCAAUUCCUUCAUUUGGAACACCCUUAUUAGAGCUUGUGCUCAAAGUCAUACCCACAAAAAUCUUGGGUUUCAACUUUACUAUCACAUGUUGAGUGAAGGAAGUGUGAACCCAGAUAAACACACUUUUCCAUUUGUUCUUAAAGCUUGUGCUUACUUGUUUGAUGAAUUUGCAGGCAAGCAAGCUCAUGCCCAUGUUUUCAAAUUUGGGUUUGAUGCUGAUGUUUAUGUUAAUAACAGUCUUAUCCAUUUCUAUGCAUCUUGUGGGUUUUUAGACUGUGCACGCCAGGUGUUCGACGAAAUGCCUGAAAGAAGUCUUGUAUCGUGGAAUACGAUCAUUGAUGGUUUGGUUCAGUCUGGGGAGUAUGAUAUGGCGUUGAGGUUGUUUAGAGAGAUGCAGGGUUCGUUUGAGCCAGAUGGGUAUACAUUACAGAGUAUCAUAUCUGCUUGUGCUGGUUUAGGUGCUUUGUCUUUAGGGAUUUGGGCUCAUGCCUAUGUUUUGAGGGCUUGUGAUGCUAAGCUGGGUGCUGAUGUUCUGCUGAACAACGCAUUGGUGGAAAUGUAUUGUAAAUGUGGGAUGCUGGAUUUGGCCAAGCAGGUCUUUGAUGGGAUGAUAAAGCGCGAUAUUAAUACUUGGAAUUCCAUGAUUCUAGGACUUGCUAUGCACGGGAAAUCUGAGUUGGCGCUCGAACAUUUUGAUGAAAUGAUAAAUGGGGAAGGCCUUAUGCCGAAUGCAAUCACAUUUGUAGGAAUUUUGAGUGCAUGUAAUCAUGGCGGCAUGGUUGAAUUAGGUCGCGAGUGUUUUGAUAAGAUGGUGAAAGAUUACUCCAUAGAACCUCGACUAGAACACUAUGGAUGUUUGGUUGAUCUUCUUGCUCGUGCUGGAUUGAUUGAUGAAGCAUUGCAUCUCGUGUCAAACAUGCCCAUAAAACCCGAUGUUGUUAUAUGGAGAAGUCUUCUUGAUGCUUGUUGCAAGAAAAAUAUAGGUAUUGAAUUGAGCGAACAAGUUGCUAAGAAGAUCCUUGAAUCAGAGGGAGUUGCCUCCAGUGGUGUUUAUGUGCUUUUGUCCAGAGUUUAUGCCUCGGCUACUCGAUGGAACGAAGUUGGUCUAAUAAGAAUGUUGAUGACAGAGAAAGGCAUAAGAAAAGAACCCGGUUGCAGUUCCAUGGAAAUCAAUGGCGUCAACCAUGAAUUUUUCGCAGGGGAUACUUCACACUCUCAAUCAAAGGAUAUAUAUCGAGUUCUAGAUGUGAUAAAUAAGAGACUGUACUCAGCAGGAUAUCGGGCAGACAUAUCACAAGCACCCUUGGUGGAUGGUGAAUAUGAGGAUCAAAAGCAAGAUGCUCUUAAGCUACAUAGUGAAAGACUUGCCAUUGCUUAUGGACUUUUAAAUCUAAAACCCGGUGUUCCCAUUCGUGUAUUCAAGAACCUUCGUGUCUGCAAUGACUGUCAUGAAGUUACCAAACUGAUCUCUAAGAUCUUCGCUGUUGAGAUUGUUGUGAGAGAUCGAACUCGAUUCCAUCACUUUAAAGACGGCACCUGUUCCUGUGGGGAUUACUGGUAGCAUGUGGUGUAUAUAAUGCACUUUGUAUAUUUCGUUAUACUUCAUCCGUUCUAAAAUAAAUGAAACAUUUACCAUAUUAGACUGUUUGUUUUCA